AUGGUUACGAAAAAUACCAAGUUCGAAGCUAAACUAGCUCGAUAUUUAAUAUCUGACCCAGGCGAUCAACUUCUUGGUUAUGAUGCAUGUAUUGAAAGGCAAGGAAGUGCGAUUAAUUAUCGUUUGAUCGUGUUGGGACUGGAAUCGAUUUAUCUAACGGACAAUCCACCGAAAAUUGCUCAACUUGAACAACCGUAUAUUCAUUAUCGUGAUAUUCUCCGUGUAGAAAUGAUCGAUGAUUAUCCAGAGUUUCUAAGUGGAAAUGAAAAAUUGAAUACAUUACAUAUGCGUUUACGGGUGAUCAUGCCAUUGAGUAAGGACAAAAAGAAUAAGAAGAAAAAAUCGAAAUCGACCAGUGUUGACAACAUGGAAACAAUUCCAAGUUUAUUCGAUCGAUUGACGCUAGAGAAUAUCAAUGCGUACAUGGAAAACUUAAGUCCACGACGUUCGUCAUCGAACCGUGAUCUGUAUCAAGCACCAUUACCUCAACUCUAUGCAGCUAUUCCUCCACUACUUUCUCCAUUAACGUCUCUAGAAUCGACAAUGGCGUCAGCAAUCGAUGAAACAGAUCCUCUACAUUUACCUCUUCAUCAACUUGAUGAUUUAUCUGCAACUACCAUGUCGAAUACUUCAACAGAAUUUCAGGAACGUCUCGAUCAAUUAAAUCUCAGUAGUGAUAGAUCACAUUUUCAACGUUUAUUUUCUUCACGACGGACACUCUCCGAUGAACCACGAUCAACAUCACGCUCAAAGUCAGCACGAUCCUUAACGAAAAAAAAGACCAAUGCCGACUCAGAUUGGCUCACUGAUACACCAAGACUGAAUCGUUACGUCUUACAGAGACACGAAGAUGAUCUUUAUGGGACUUUACAUACACCACGAAGUACUCCGCGUCAAAACAAUGACGAGAGCAUGCUAGGAACAGCUCGUUCAACAUUAACCGAUCUUUCUGCAACAAGCAGUAUGAAUUCGACGACUGCAGAGAAUUCCGGUGUUUAUUGCCCAUCGAUUGAAGAAGUUCACAGUCUUUGUGGCGAUCUUGACGAUGACAUGAAAGAUAUUGAUAUUUAUUUUCUCAGUCUAAACGCUAAAAUACCGGAAAUUUUAAGUGCAGCAUUAAGUAAUCACAUCAUUGUUUCCACUUUGCGUUACGAUGGUAACCGACAAUUUUCUAUUCUAUCAACUGCGGAUCGCCUACAAUCUUCCAUGGAUCUGACGAUGAGAAAAUUUUCAGAACUCAAAUCGGAAAUCUUACAAUCGCAUAAUAAUUCAAAUCAAUUGCUGAGAUUAACCGAUGAAUUGUAUAAUGCAUGUGAAAAAUAUGCCAAAGUGAAGGAACUCUUUUGGAAGGAUACGGACCUAUUUGUUUAUUAUAUCGCACAAUUUCACUCUUGUUCGCAAUUUAUAUCAAAGAAUGAGUACGACGAUAAUACUUUAAAUUUGUCUUUCUCAAUCAUGCAAUUGUUCAAUCAAAUUUUCCUCAAUACGUUCGCAUCUACCGAGCGAUUAGCACGCUUAACACACGACCAAUGUUCGCGGUUUCAACUUCUCGCUGAAUGUCUUCUAACACCUCCGAUAACAAUACUUUCCGCUCAGCCGGCUUCAACAACAUCUGACGAUUCGAUAGCUAAUGAAAUGUUAAAAAACACCUACAAAUUAGUAUUAAAAUGGAUGUUCAUAUCAGGUGCUAUUCUAUGGCAAAUCGGUGAUAUUCUUAGUCGACCAUCUUGGACAGCGAAGAACUUUCGCUUUCAGCAAUUUAUCGAACUGUUUGAGAAAAAACAAGAAAAAGAUGAUUACUUCGAUUUAUUUAUCGAUUCAUUAUCGAAAUUAACAAUGAAUAACGACAACAAAGAUCCGUUGAGUCCGAAAAAUGCACUAUAUGUGUAUCAACUAUUUUCGAUACUUUCGAUGAUAUUGAUCAAUUCGACAAUCCUAUCCGAAUAUCUCCGAGAUCGAUAUUUGGAAGAUUUCAAGUAUUUUUUGAAAGAAGAUGUUAUACUUUCACGAAUUCCUGUUCAAUAUCCAGUGUAUCGUUUUAUUCCCGAUCUAGUUCGUGGUGUCCAUCAUCGAAUCAUCUAUGGUGAACCAAAUCUGAAUCCGUCAAACCGCACGAAACAUCGUCAACUGAUUUAG